AUGGUGCAAUGGUCGUUUUAUCUGAUCGGGCUGGCCUCGGCCGCUGCAGCAGGCAACUCUACCAGCUUCGAGUCUCGUUGUCAACAAUUCCAAAAGAAAAUCCGCAUUGACAACGUGCAUGUGCAUUCUACCACUUAUGUUCCCAUUGGAUCCAACAUCUCCAUGGCCUAUAACCCGCCUAUCUGCGGCGGAKCCUCCAGCUCAUCGAUCAGCAAGAUCGAAUUUUGUCAGGUUGCACUGAACGUGACCACUUCGGGCAACAGCCAGAUCUUCAUGGAGGCCUGGCUGCCCAGCAAUUACACUGGAAGGUUUUUGAGUACAGGAAAUGGAGGCGUGGGUUAUGCGGACAUGGUUUAUGCCAGUCAAUACGGGUUCGCAACGAUCGGGACCAAUAAUGGCCACUUUGGUGACACUGGUCAAUACUUCCUGAACAACCCCGAAGUCAUCGAGGACUUUGCCUACCGAGCCCUGCACACAGGGACAGUGGUGGGUAAAGAGCUGACCAAACUAUUCUAUCCCCAAGGAUACAAGACUUCAUACUAUCUGGGCUGUUCGACAGGCGGCCGGCAAGGAUGGAAGUCUAUCCAGAGAUUCCCAGAGGACUUUGAUGGCGUGGUGGCCGGAGCACCGGCCUUCAACUUCGUCAACCUGGGCAGCUGGGGUUCUCGAUUCCUGAAAAUCACCGGGCCGCCAGACUCAAAGACAUUUGUAACAAGCGCGCAGUGGUCCAUGAUUCACAAUGAGAUUAUCCGGCAAUGCGAUGCUCUCGAUGGCGCAGUCGACGGUAUCAUCGAAGACACCGAUCUCUGCCAGCCCAUCUUCGAAACCCUCAUUUGCAAUUCCACUGCAGCGAACACCACCUCUUGCCUGACGGGUGUGCAGGCCAAUACCGUCAACGAGGUUUUCUCCCCGAUGUAUGGCCUGGACGGCAAAUGGCUGUACCCUCGCAUGCAGCCCGGCUCUGAACUCGCCGCGUCUUUUAUCUACUACAGCGGAAAGGGCUUCAAGUACGGAGAUGACUGGUACAAAUACGUCGUCUACAACAACAGCAACUGGGACCACUCUACCUGGACGCUUGCCGACGCAGCGGCAGCCGAUGCGCAAGAUCCCUUCCAGAUCUCCACCUUCGACGGAGAUAUCUCCGGUUUCCAAAAGGCAGGCGGCAAGGUCUUGCACUAUCACGGCUUGGAAGAUCCGAUCAUCACCUCGGAUAGCUCCAAGGCGUACUACGAGCACGUUGCCGAUACCAUGGGGCUGAGUCCCUCGCAGCUGGACCAGUUCUAUCGCUUCUUCCCCAUUAGUGGAAUGGGCCAUUGUUCGCCGGGGACAGGUGCUGCUUCCAUCGGCCAGGGAUCGUCUACAUAUGCCGGCGAUGACGCGCAAGAUAACGUGUUGAUGGCAAUGGUGCAGUGGGUAGAAAAAGGUAUUGCGCCCGAGUAUGUGCGCGGCUCCAAGAAGUCCAGCGAUGGUAAGAUAGAGUAUCGCCGCAAGCACUGCAAGUAUCCCAAGCGGAAUCAAUAUGUGGGACCUGGCAAGUACACCGAUGAGAAUGCUUGGGCGUGCGUAUGA